AUGCGGAGGGCGCUCGGCACCCUCGGCUGCUGCCGGGCGCUGCUGCUGCUGCCGCACCUGCUGCCCGCGGAGCGGGGCUCCCACCACCGCCUGCGCCGGCAGCCGUGCUCGCCCGGGAGCAGCUCCGAUGAUGUUGCCUGCAAGAACCGGCCGCUUGACGUUGUCUUCAUUGUAGACAGCUCCUGCAGUGUCUGACCUGAAGAGUUUGAGAAAGUGAAAAUCUUCUUGUAAAAAAUGAUUGAUACUCUGGACAUUGGUGAAAGAACAACCUGUGUGGCAGUCAUGAAUUAUACCAACAUUGUUAAAGUAGAGUUCCCCCUCCAGACCUACUUUGAUAAAGCAUCAGUGAAAGAGGCUGUAUCACACAUUGAGCCCUUGUCUGCUGGCACAAUGACUGGCCUUGCCAUCCAAACUGCCAUGGAUGAAAUCCUCACAGAGGAAAUGGGCAUCUGGCCAGCACCCUUCAAUAUCCCCAAGGUAGUCAUUGUUGUGACAGAUAGAUGGCCAUGAGACAAGGUUCAAGACAUGGCAGCAAGAGCCCGGAUCACUGGCAUCGAGAUCUAUGCAAUUGGGGUAGACCAGGCAGACAUGUAGUCCCUGAGGAUAAUGGCCAGUGAACCACUGGAUGAACAUUAUGUCUUCCAUGUAGAGACCUACUGUGUGAUCGAAAAGCUGACAUCACAGUUCAGAGAGACUUUCUGUGCUGUGAAUGUGUGUGCACUUGGAGCCCAUGACUGUGAGCAGAUCUGUGUGAGCAACAGUGGUGGAUCCUACCGUUGUGAUUGCUAUGAAGGCUAUGCUCUGAAUCCAGAUAAGAGAACCUGCUCAGCUGUGGACAUAUGUGCACCUGGAAGGCAUAAUUGUGAUCAGAUCUGUGUAAGAAAUAACGAAUCCUAUGUCUGUAACUGGUAUGAGGGCAACACCCUGAAUUCAGACAGGAAGACUUGCUCCGCUGUGGACAUGUGUGAACCCGGAAGGCAUGACUGUGAGCAGGUCUAUGUGAGACACGAUCUAUCCUAUACUUGUUACUGCUACGAAGGCUACACCCUGAACCCAGACAAGAAGACUUGCUCAAGAGCCAUAACAAGCAGUCUUGUAACUCCUGAAGAGUCCUGUAAGUGUGAAGCCAUAGCUGCCCUGCAGGACUCAGUCACCUCAUGCUUUGAAGCUCUGUCUACAAAACUCGAUGAAGUGUCUGAGAAGCUGGAGGCAUAUCAAGGCAGACAGCAGGUUGUCUGA